GGAGCCAGCGGGGAAGAAAGAAGCUGAGAGGGCGGAAGGCGCCCUCCCCGCCGCUGGGCCCGGGCACCGGGCGCCGGGCCGGGGUCCUUCCCGCCGGCGGCGAGCGCCGGCUGCUUUGUUUGCCCCCGCCUCGGCGUUGAGGGGUGAUCGUGCCGGGCAUUGCGCCGGGAACGCGGCGGCAGGAAGCGCGACCGAUCGCACCGGGGACGCGCGGGGACCCAGGAGUCCGGCCGCGGCGAGGGCCGCGUGACGAUACCGAGGAGAGAGCCGGAGCGCCGCCGCGGGCUCUUGGUGGUGGGCCCCGGACGCCCGUGAGCACAGACCUCCCCGUCGACGGGGGGCGAUGUUCCCCUGGCCCGCAGGCUCUUCGGGCCGCCGGGGUAUCCCGCCGUUGGGACCAGGGCCCCCGCAGUGGGCGACCCCCAAGGCUGCUCCAUGGAGACUCUGUGUCCUCCUCCCCGCCUGGCAGUGCCCGCUUCCCCGCGGGGGUCUCCCUGCUCGCCUACGCCCCUGAAGCCGCGUCGGGGGACCCCAGAGUUCUCCCCACUGUGCCUGCGUGCCCUCGCCUUCUGCGCCCUUGCCAAACCCCGGCCGUCCUCCCUGGGCCUGGGGCCUGGAGAGCUGGCGCCGCGGACCCCGGUGCUGCUGGGCCCCCCGGCCUCGCCAUGCACAGGAGGCUGGGCCGCGGACGGCCUGAAGCACCUCGGGGGACAGGCCGGGCGGCCGAGCGACGUGAGCUCCCCGGCCCGCGAGGAUGCAGACGUCGCGGUGUGCCCAGGCGGUGGAGAGGAGGAAGAGGGCGGAGGCGGCUUCCCGCACUUCGGCGCUGGUUCCUGCGCACCUCCGGGCCGCUGCCCUGCUCCCCUGCGUCCUCAGGACUCUCCGACCAACCCCGCCUGGUCCCCGCCCAGGCCAGCCCGGGGUCUUGAUGCAGCUAGCAGUCCGCCCCUUGAGCCCGGCUCCCCGCCUCCGUCGCCACCUGCGGGCCUCUCCCCGGAGCCUGCGCCUUCCGAGCAGCCUGUGCCGGCCUCCGAGGCUCCAGGGGGUGGAGACCCUGCGCCGACCGCGCCUGAGGCACCCGCGCUCAGCCCCUCGACGGCAGACGCAGCACCGGACCCGCCCCGCGAUCUCCGCCAGGAACAUUUCAACCGCCUGAUCCGCCGCUCGAAACUUUGGUGUUACGCGAAGGGGUUCGCCCUGGACACUCCAAGUUUGCGCCGAGGGCCCGAACGGCCCGCGGCCAAAGCCCGUGGAGCAGCCAAGAAACGACGGCGGCCAGCGCCGCCCCCGCCCAGUGUGCAGCCACGGCGGCCCGUCCCGACGCUUCCUACAUCGAGCACCUUCAGCCUCCUUGACUGCUUCCCCUGUCCCCCAGCUCUGGUGGUGGAAGAGAACGGAGACCUAGGGCCGGCUUCCUCGCUUCGCCUCCAGGGAGACGCCAAGCCGCCGCCUGCCCACCCGCUGUGGAAGUGGCAGAUGGGAGGACCCGCUGUCCCUGAGCCCCCGGGUCUCAAAUCCUGGUGGGUCAACUUGGAAGAACUAUGAGCGUCGGACCUCUUCUACCCGGGGGCAAGUUGGGUUCCCCGGACAGACUGAGGGCUCCAGGAGGGAGCAUCGAUUCUGAAAUUUGGCUGAUCUUUGCUUUGCAUUUUAUGGGCUGUGGCCCGCGGGACCUCAAAUGACAGUGAUCUUCAAGCACCCGAGAGGUCCGGCUGAUGCUCUUUCUACUCAUCUUUGUGGAAGAUCCAAGGACUGGCGUCCGGGAAAGCCUGCAGAAAGCUUAGUGACCAUCUCCGUCCUCCCUGCGGGCGGGCAGAGCCUUCACCGCAGGGGAGCACAGCGGCUAAGGCCCGAAGACCAAAAGAAAGGGACAGAGGGACGGACCUUGGUGAUGGACAAACCGGUUGUUUCCAUGUUUGAAUGAGGGUCAGUUUAGCGGUGUGGGGGCUGUGGUUGGGGUUUGAAGGUGAUUGACAGCUCCCUGGGGGCAUCCCCCACCCCCCACUGCCCAGACCUUUAACCCUUUACACCUCCCUCUUUUCUCUCCGUAGUCCUCCCCCUCCCCAAGUUCAGGUGAUUUUCCCUUGUCAAGAUCUUCAGUCCCAGCCAGCAGACUUUACCCUUUUGUCCAGUUUUGGAGUUUCCCUUUGCCGGAAGGUUGGAUGAAGGAAAGAGACCUCCAGCCUCAGCGUUCUCCUCACAUUCUGAGAGGAAAGGAGGAAGAGGGCCAUGCUGUGUGGCCCAAGGCUGGCUUUGCCCGGGGAAGGAGCCAAAAACUCCCGGGGAAAAUGAUGGAAGAUGGAAUAAAUCAAUAAAAUCAGACCAAACAA